CGUCGGCAGCGGCGGUGACGACUCUCACAGUCCGCCGCGGCCUCUCUGCCCGAUGAGCUGCACCAGAAUGAUCCAGGUUUUAGAUCCAAGGCCUUUGACAAGUUCAGUCAUGCCAGUGGAUAUGGCUAUGAGAUUCUGCUUGGCUCAUUCGCCACCUCUGAAGAGCUUUCUGGGCCCUUAUGAUGACUUUCAACGAAGAAAUUUUGUGAACAAAUUGAAGCCUCUGAAAUCAUGCCUCAAUAUAAAACAGGAAGCUAAAUCACAGAAUGAAUGGAAGCGCUCACACAAUCAAGCCAAGAAGCGGGUUGUGUUUGCUGAUUCCAAAGGCCUCUCUCUCACUGCCAUCCAUGUCUUCUCUGACCUCCCAGAAGAACCAGCGUGGGAUCUCCAGUUUGAUCUCUUGGACCUUAAUGAUAUUUCCUCCAGCUUAAAACUCCAUGAGGAGAAAAACUUGAUUUUAGAUUUCCCACAACCUUCAUCUGACUACUUAAGUUUCCGGAACCACUUUCAGAAGAACUUUGUCUGUCUGGAGAAUUGCUCUUUGCAAGAGCGAAUAGUGACUGGGACUGUGAAAGUGAAAAACAUGAGCUUCGAGAAGAAGGUUCAGGUUCGAAUCACUUUUGACACGUGGAAAAGCUACACUGAUGUGGACUGUGUCUACAUGAAAAAUGUGUAUGGUGGCUCAGAUAGUGACACCUUCUCGUUUGCCAUUGACUUACCCCAAGUCAUUCCAACAAAGGAGAAAAUUGAGUUCUGCAUUUCAUACCGUGCCAAUGGGCAGAUCUUCUGGGACAACAAUGAGGGUCAGAAUUAUGGAAUUGUCCAUGUGCAGUGGAAACCUGAUGGGGUGCAGACACAGGUGGCAUCCAAGGACUGUGCAUUCUACCAGGUGCCCCCCAAGACUGAAUUGGAGUCAACAGUCUUUGGCAGUCCAAGGCUGGCUAGUGGGCUGUUCCCAGAAUGGCAGAGCUGGGGGAGAAUGGAGAACUUGGCCUCUUAUAGAUGAAUUAAGCUAGUGACUGACCUUGACCGGUCAUAUUCCCCAAUGUAAUUCUAGGACUGAAUUGCUCAGUAUUAGGAAGUCUUUGCUAUUUUCUUUCAGUAGGUUUAGGUU